AUGUUGCGCUGUAACCAGCAGCAGCAGCAGCAGCAGCAGCAGCAGCAGGAAGUGCAGCAGCAGCAGCAGCAGCAGCAGCAGCAGGAAGUGCAGCAGCAGCAGCAGCAGCACCAAAACCAGCAGCACCACCGAACCAAACCACAUCCCACCAUCAUAGAUGCUUUCAGCUCGGAGUUCUCGUGGCGGUCGCCGCAAUAUUUCCUGCGGGCUAUUGAAGGCGGCGGUGAGGUGUACGUACACCUCAACCAGCAAGCAGCAGCAGCAGCAGCAGCAGCAGCAGCAGGAGCAGCAGCAGGAGCAGCAGCAGGAGAAGAGGAGGUAGCAGCAGAAGAAGAGGAAGAAGAGGAAGCAGCAGCAGCAGCAGCAGCAGCAGCAGGGUGUUUAUCAACAUAUGAUACAGCAGCAGCAACAGCAGCAGCAAAAACAGCAGCAGCAACAGCAGCAGCAAGGUUCAUUGGUUAA